AUGUCUCAGCAGGAUCUGGACCGUGCCUAUGGCCGAGCACCCAGCAGUGGCUCCCCCGAACAGCAUUCGGUCCACACCCGCUCUAGAUCGACCGCCCAUGCGCAAAGUCCAAAACGCUUGUCUGUCUUAAGUGGCCGGUCUCGCAGCAAUACAACGAAUUCCGCCACCUCUUCCCGUCGUUCACCUGGCUCGUCAAUGACCUCGGUCGAGGGACCCUCGCUGCCCGCUUACGAGGACCGGGCCGGUUCGUCAGCCGGCUUUCGUUAUGACCGCUCUGAAAGCGUGACGAAAUCGCUCCUGUCGCGUGGGAGUCGCAUCCUGCGUCGUCGGGGGAGCAAGUUCCAUAUAGUCUCCACGCUGGACGAGGAAGACGAGGUGGAGCGCGAGAAGUCCCGUUUUGAGGUCUCGGAACUCUUCAGCCGGCAUCACAAGCCACGGCCAAGCGAUGCACAUGAUCAGCUGAAGAGCUUGAUCUCGGAUCCGUUCGACUUUCACCAUCUGACUCACACAAGUCCGUCUCAGUUCCAGUCUCUUGAAAAGGCUCGAGAAACUGACUUGGUCACCGAGUUCUCUGCCAUCCGUGCCUCUCAGAGGCCUGUCACCAACCUCAAAGGAAUUCAAGCACAAGAUCUGCACUUCCGAGAUUUCUCCUCGGAAGAUUUCACCCAAGGCGGUAUAGCCAUUGCUGAGAACGAUGUUUCUCCCGAUCCGGCACCAAUAAGCCCUCCAGCAUCGCCGAACGGCUCCAUAUCCAUCAGUCCCAAACAGCGCGACAUCCGAGGUCGACGAGAGUCGCGCGUCGUCGAGAAUUUCUCGCGGCCUGUCCCUAGAUUCCCCAAAGACCCGGGAGUAGCCAAUUCUCCACCGAGGGCUUCUUCACCGAGGUUGGCAUCUUCUCCUGAGCUACCUGAGCCAGCUCCUCGGGCUAUCGACGAGAUAUUGGGCUUAUCCAGCCAGCCAACGUACCCCGAACACGUGUUUUCACAAGAUGGUGACGACGACGAUGAUGUCUAUCGGAGCGCUCCAUGGUCCCAACUACAAGCCCAGGACAUGUUUCCUGUUCCUGCUGCCCAUGCGGUUACCACAGAUGCUGAAAGCGAGAGACUUGGUGUGAGGACCUCCUCCAUGUCUCUGACCGCUCUGUCAUCUGAUCUGGAAGGCGUCCCAGAAGAAGAGGAAGGCGAAGAAGAAGCGGAUGCGACCCUGGAGCUUGAGGCCGCACCUGAGCUUCCCAUUGACCACGAGCCCCCUCAGCCGGACACAGGGUUCCACCCGCUUCCAUUGGUCGAUCCCCAGUCAGCUUCCGCAGCUGCUCCAAUUACGUCCGAUCUGUCCGUAUACGUGGCUCGGGAUCUCGCAAGGAAAUUUUCCGAAGCACUUGGCUCUCCCACCCUCCCCCAAGAUUGUUCAACAGCAGGAGCAUCCGUGCCCGAACCGCCAUCUUCGGGAUGUGCCGGGUUGCGAUCCUCGGCUGCUCCGCAAGCCGUUUAUGAGACAAUCUAUGAUUCGUGGGAUGCUGAUAUCGAUUAUUGCUACGAGCAUGCAGCUGAAUCCAAUUCGAACUUCGACUGGACUCGCAAUUCAGUCGACGAGCCUCGAGCGGAUGUGACGACAGAGACCACUGCCCCAAGUGAAAAUGAUGCCAUGGUCUCAUGUGACCGGCUGUGCGCCAUCGCCGUGUCCACAACGAACUUGGACUCUAUACCUUAUUCGGAAGUCAGCUCACAGGUGGCCGUGACGCCUUCAACUACUGGCUAUGAGACCGGAAUGGCCGCCUACCAGAGAGAUAGUGAUUAUUUUCGUCCUGUCAGAUUCGGGCCGGCCCUGAACAAAUCACUGAAUCCAGAGUCCAUAUAUGAUGAUUAUUUGGCAACUGAUGCCGAGUCGGAUCGACAUUUUUCGUUCUACUCGCAGCAAGGUGCAAUUCAACCCAUCGAGCAUUCCAUCUCUCCUCGGAGUAGCUUCUCUCCGAUCAGCAAGUGCAACUCCCAAGAAAGCUUGAUCUUAUCCCGUGCGGCAUCGAUUGUGCGCAAACACCGGUCAUCCGUCUCGACCGCUAGUGUUCCAGAACUAGUGCACAGUCUGGCAAACGGCCGAGAACUGAUUCCUACCGAACAGAUGCUUUCGGGAGAAUAUACUGCAGUUGGAAGGCCAGACUCCUCUCAUCACAAGCAAAUCAAGAGCCUUGCGCGGGAACUUGAAGCACAGAUGCUGUGUCGCACGGAAUCUGAUGCAGGCUGCGAGCCUCUAAGUCCGGGCUCUGUUAUCCCUUCUUCCAUCCACGACCGGGCCAAGUCCACAAGCGAAGUUGAAGCGGCACCGUUGGCCGCGGCCGCCGCUUCUAGGGUCGCCCCUCGUCGUAAAGGCCGAGCAUCAUACUCUCUCUUUCCUGCGGCCGCAAAUUAA